AUGGAGCGGCCGGGCGAUGACGAGGCGUCGGGAUACGUGAUCAAGGCGCUCAUGGGCAAUGCCAACCCCAAGCUGGGCAAGGACAUCUCGGAGGCCCUCGGCGUGCGAUUGUGCGACUGCGAGGUGGCCAAGUUUGCCGAUGGCGAGAUCAACAUGCAGAUCAAGGAAAACAUUCGUGGUGCCGACACCAUCAAGCUCUCCUCGGCCAAGCGAAUUACCGCCGUCAUCCCCUACUACGGCUACGCUCGCCAGGACCGCAAGACUCGUCCCCGCGUCCCCAUCUCGGCCAGUGCCGUGGCACAGCUCAUCGAGACCAUGGGAGCGGAUCGAGUGGUGACGGUGGACCUGCACUGCGGGCAGAUCCAGGGCUUCUUCCACCACACGCCGGUGGACAACCUGUUCGCCGAGGGCGAGUUCAUCGAUACGCUGCGGCUCAAGUACCCGGAGCCCGCCGACGUGGUCAUCGUGUCGCCCGAUGCCGGCGGCGUGCUCCGGGCGCGGCGAGUGGCCGACAAGCUGCACGCCGAGAACGUGGCCACCAUCCUCAAGCGUCGCGCGCAGGCCAACGUGAUCGAGGCCAUGCAGAUCGUGGGCUCCGUCGACGGCAAGAAGUGCGUCAUCAUCGACGACAUCAUCGACACCGCCGGCACCCUGUGCAAGGCCGCCGAGCUGCUCAAGGAGAACGGCGCCACGGACGUCAUCGCCUGCGCCACCCACGGCGUCUUCUCCGGGGGCGCCGCGAUGGACCGCAUCAACGCGUCGUGCCUCACCGCCGUCUACGUCACCGACUCCAUCCCGCAGGAGCACAACAAGGCACGCUGCGACAAGCUCCACGUCCUCUCCAUCGCGCCCCUCCUCGCCCGCGCCAUCCGCCGCAUCCACGAGGAAAAGUCCCUCUCCGUCCUCUUCGGCAACACCCUCUGA